AUGUCAACAGGAAAGACUAGUGGGGUACGUAUUUUGAAAGGUUUCAAAACUUUGUCACUGUUUAAAGUGGCUCGAGGAUCACUGCUAUGCUUCAGGCUGAAGGAAUGUGCAAUUGUUGUCGUCGAUAAUGCGCAAAUGCUUAACUCAAAGAAAUGUGCAGUUGUGAUCAUGUUGGCGACACAUGAAGGUUUAUCAGCAAUCACUUAA